AGCACGUGGGUAAACAGGACGUGCUUUUGCAUUUCGCGGGUGGUGUGGAGAAGCUGUGUGUGGAAAUGGCGGGUGUGAAUGAGAUGGAGAAGAAACUGGCCGAAUAUAAAUGUGACACCAACCAAGCAACGUGCUUAAAAUUAGUGCGUUUCCCAGAGGACAUAGAGGACGAAAGCACAACCUUCCACCCUGAGUACAGCCAUCAACUGUUUGGUGAUGAUGAAGUGGCCUUUGGCUACAAAGGUCUUCAGAUUCAGCUGUACUACACUGCAGGCAACCUGAGCACGCUGUUCAAAGUGAAAUACUCUGCCAGGGUCACCGAGAAGUUUGACUGUGUGGAGCCUGAUGAUGUCGAGGGGAAGAUCAGAGAAAUCAUUCCUCCUGGUUUCUGCUGUAACACGGACGACUUUAUCACUCUCUUGGAAAAAGAAGCAAACUUCAAACCAUUUGGCAGCCUCUUGCACACUUACAAAGUUCACAAUGUGGACGAGGGAGCAGACCUCACCUACCAAAUACAUAAGGUGGAUAUUUCAUGCGCAGGGUUCAGAGAGUACCAUGAGCGCCUCCAGACUUUCCUCAUGUGGUUCAUUGAGACAGCCAGCUUUAUUGAUGUAGAUGACGAUCGCUGGGACUUCUUUCUUAUUUUUGAGAAGUACAAUAAGGAUGGGGAGACACUCUACGCUACGGUUGGCUACAUGACAGUGUAUAAUUACUACGUAUACCCAGACAAAACCAGACCACGUGUCAGUCAGAUGCUGAUCUUGCCACCAUUUCAGGGCGAGGGUCAUGGAGCUCAGCUGUUAGAAACAGUCCACCGGUUCUACUGCAACUCACCUAAAGUGCAGGACAUCACAGCGGAGGAUCCCUCUGAGAACUAUGUGAAGCUGAGGGACUUUGUGCUGGUGAAGCUGUGCAUGGCCUUGCCCUCCUUUUCCACAGAGAAACUGGCUCAGGGCUUCAGUGAGGAGAUGGCUGUGGAAGCACGAGAGAAACUCAAGAUCAACAAGAAGCACGCCAGGCGAGUGUAUGAGAUUCUGCGGCUAAGAAACACUGACAUGAGCGACGAGGAGAAGGCCAGAGAGUUCCGGCUGGAAGUGAAGAAAAGACUCUUUGGGCCGUACAGGAAGAACCAGCGUGAGCUGACGAAGAUGCGUAAGUGUUUGCGUCCAGAGGAGUUGGCCUCUCACAUCAGUCAGAUGGACACAAGACUACAGCAUGAAGAACUGGAGAAGAGCUACCAGGAGGUUCUGGCAGAGUACCGCAGAGUCCUCGAAAGGCUGGCUCAGGCAUGAAUGCACACACACAUUCACAAUACCUCUUGUGGAGUACUAGAAGACCCAGAAGUCUUGGAUCUCUCUGAACCUGCUGUAGGGACUAGGUGAAAAUCUGAGCGCUCACAAACACAUAGAUACAUACAUCUGCCAACAGCAACACCCUUUGCGAUCUCCCUCCCCCCUUUUGUGUGCCACAUCGAUAACUAAUAACAUGGCCUAGAACUUGACCUGUUUCUGUGUGUGUGUGUGUGUGUGUGUGUGUGUGUGUGAGAGAGAGAGAGAGAGAAAGAAAGAGAAGGGGGGAGGGCGAACGGAGGUCACUUCGACCUGGCCUGUUCACUUGUUGCUGAUUUA